AUGGAAUCGGUUGCGGCGGGCAAAGAGUUUUGUCAUUUGAUCCAAAUUUUUGCCUCGGAUCUCAGAAAUCUCCCUAUUGUGAUGGGCAUUGACGAUUUCUUCUCUAAUUUAUUUAAUUUCAGACCUCAGUCUCGCCAUCGCGGAAGUUUUGGUGUUUGGAUAAUCAUGCAACUGAUUGGAUCUGUGUUGUGCUUUUUGUGUUUGAAUAAUCGUGGAAAUUGUAUAAGUGAUGCAUUGUCACCUUCCGCUAUCGAAAACCUAGUAGUUCCGAAGGACGAGGCAUAUGAAGCUGACAUUAGAAAAUUGUUUCCGAAGAAUAAAGAGAACCAAAAUCAUGGCGAUGAACCUGAUCCUCAUGCUAUGUUCAAUGUACUAGAUUUGGUUCUUGUGGAGACAAUGGAGCGCUUGAAGAAGUUAAGAGAAGGAUUUAGGAUGAUUGGUAGAUGUAGCUUCCAUCAAGGAAUGGCGAGUGUUCUUCACAGUGAUUUUAGAUUAGCUUCUGAUAGUGAUGAUGCGCUGAUUAGAAUGUUGUGCAGUUCGGGCAAGAAAAAAGAAGUAAUUCAUGCUGGGAAACUUGUUGAGAUAUUGGAAGAACAUUUUGAGGAGUCAAAUGUUAUUACGUUAACAAUUCUAAUGGAUGGAUGUUGUAGACAAGGAGAUAUUAUUCAAGCGCUUGAAGUUUGGAAUGAGAUGUUUGAGAAAGGGAUAAGAAUUGACCGUACUGCAUUUAAUGUACUCAUAAAUGGAUUUUGUUUGGUACAAGAUAUGAAGGUAGCAUAUAAAUAUUUCUCUGAGAUGUUUAAGAGGGGUUUCCUUCCUGAUGUUGUAACGUUCAAUACUCUUAUAAGCGGCUUUGCUAGAAAAGGAAGCAUACAUGAGGCUUGUGACAUUCACAAUAGGAUGGAACUUGAUGGUCUGCGACCAAAUGCUAUCUCAUACAAAUUGGUUAUCCAAACACUUUGUAAACAAGGUAACAUCACUGAAGCCUUCUCAUUCUUAUGUAAGAUGUUUAACGAUCAGCUGACCCCCGAUCGUCGUACUUGGAAUAUCAUACUUACUAGUUAUGCAAGACAUGGAGAUAUUAGUGGUGCUUAUUCCACUAGAGAUAUGAUGGUGGCAAUGGGUGUGGUUCCAAAUGUGUUCACCUACAAUGCGCUUAUCCAUGCUAAUGUGAAGGGCGAACAUAAGACAAGCUCUGUUACUGAAAAAGGAAAUGCUUGCUAA